UGUGUAUCUCGUGAUUCAACAGGUUCCCAACUACACCAGUUAUCAUACAACUCAAACUAAGUAAGUAACAAACUCAAUCAAUGACAGUCCACAAAAGAUCAGCCAGCCAUGCUUGCUAACAAAGGAACAAACUCAAAGUAAGUGAACAAAACACGGGCAUGCUAGGAGCCUCACUUUAUCUACUUCCCCAACACAAAAUUACCUUAUUUUAAGCUCUUUUGGUUGUAGAAACAAAUGGGAAUACACCAACAUUCACUGCUGCUGGUUUGCAGUUCACUGGCUUUUACAUGAAUGGAAUUAAUAGGCAUAGUGGCUCAGGCUAUAAAGACUAACAUUUUCCUUGACACAGCAAGAAAACGACAGAAAGAAUAGUAACAGAUAGAAUAUUUAUACCAUAGAGAUAUGCUUGGGCCUUUUAUAUAAAAAGCCUGCAUUAUAGUUCAUCAUCCUCACAGUUCUUAGAAAAAUGAUAGGUUUCAGAAUGUCCUGGUUUUUCAUAGUGUUAUUUCUUAAUUUCACAUUGAAUAGUCCUGUAGAGGCCAAACAUGUGAAGAAGCUUGCAUCCGCAGUUGCUGUUGGCACUGUUUACUGUGACAAAUGUUUCCAAGAAUAUUUCUCAAAGUCCAGUCACUUCAUUUCAGGAGCAUCUGUUGCCGUGGAAUGCAAAGAUGAGAACUCAAGACCGAGUUUCCGGAAAGAAGUGACAACAGAUAAGCAUGGAGAGUUCAGAGUUCAUCUACCUUUCUCAGUUGCGAAACACGUCAGGAAAAUUAAGGCAUGCUCUGUAAAGUUAAUUAGAAGCAGCGAACCAAAUUGCGCUGUGGAUUCAACGGCAGCAUCUUCUUCACUCCAUUUGAAAUCAAGAAAGGAAGGAACUCACAUUUUCUCAGCGGGUUUUUUCACCUUCAAGCCUCAAAAACAGCCAAGCCUAUGCAGCCAAGAACCAAGACUUCAAAAUUCCAGGAAACUGGAUUCCCAAAAAGCAUCAUUUCCUCCAAUCAGUGACCCAACUUUUCCACCUCCAGUUGAAGACCCUACAAAGCCUGAUCUUCCUCCACUAGGCCAAACCCAUCUACCACCUCUCCCUCUAAUUCCCAAACUACCACCACUUCCAGAACUCCCUCCGCUGCCACCUCUUCCAGGACUGCCUAACCUGCCACCUCUACCAGGUCUGCCUAAACUGCCACCAUUGCCUGGAAAUGCUGCACAGACAAAACCUGGGGAUGAUAAGCUCACACACCCAGAGUUUUUCUUUCCAACUCCACCACUAUUUCCACCAAAUCCAUUCCAGCCACCGCCGCUUUUUCCUCCACUCCCAUUCCAGCCACCACCUCUGCUUCCAUUGCCUCCUAACCCUUUUCAGCCUCCUCCAGCUCCUCUGAUUCCAUUGCCUCCUAACCCAUUUCAGCCUCCUCCAGCUCCUCUCAUUCCACUGCCUCCAACUCCUCUCAUUCCAUUGCCUCCAUUUCCUGGCCUGACACCGCCGUCACCGCCACCACCUGCCUUCCCCUUUCCUCUCCCUCCAAUAUUCCCCUUCCCUCCUCGUGGCCCAGGAAUCCCCCCUGCUUCUUCCUCUUCUUCAAAGAAAUCUUCUCCUUGAAUGGAACACUAUCAGGUCACACAUGUACACUGCUCCAAUAAUUGCUAUCAGUGAGAGGGACAUGACAUGAGAUUAUUGUAGUUCAAAUAAGUUUCCAAACAUCUGUUGAUAUGUUAUCAUUGUAAAUUAGAAUUUUAGUGAAAUGGGUAUCUGUGGUUACAUUCUCCAAUCUA